AUGACGACCACGUGGCGCGACACAUAUCUCUCGGCCUUGCAAGAACGGCAGAAAGUUGAACAAGCCAACCUGACGCUCUACGACUACUGCACCAAACUCGCCGACGAAAAAGCUGAUCUCCAAAAAAAUGCGACCGCGGCCCAGAUUGCAGCGGCAGGAGGACCAGAGGAUGCCGAGCAGCAGUCACCACCACCAUCAUCAUCACCAGCAGCAGCAGCAGCAGCAGUGACCCAGCCAUCGUACCUGGGAAUAGGCAUGGGCAUAAUGCGAGUGACGUCGCCCACGGCCGCUGCCGCCCGUCCGGACUCACCGACAGUCGCGCAGAUUCGUCAGGACCUAGCCAGGGCGCAACAGGAGCGUGGCGACCUGCAGACCCGUCUCGAGAGGGCGGUCCACGACCUCGACGCGCUCAAGGCCAGGGCCAAAGGCGACGCCAGGCGCAUCGCCCAGCUCAACGCCAGCCUGGCGCAGGUCACCGUCAAACUGCGCGACAGGGAGGAAGAACUGCGCGGCAAGGCGAAACUGAUUGAGAACGUGCAGGACGAGAACGUGACGUUGAAUCUCCAGCUCAACAUGGCCGAGGAGCGGUCCGACACGCUGCGGCGGGAGAACAAGGAGCUCGUCGAUCGCUGGAUGGCCCGCAUGGGCAAGGAAGCCGAUCGUAUGAACGAGGAGAACAGAUUCGAAUGA